GGAGGAUCAAUAAAUAGUCAAAGUUGAGGGCAAGAGGCCAGUAGCAUACGGAUUUGCGUUGGGUAAAGAACAUCAUCUGAAUAGAGUGCCGAGGGUGUUGAUACCACAGUGUAUUGGAUUAUAUUUCAUUUUUUUUUUUAAACUAUUGUACAGUUUUUAGUGCGAGGCUCGUUGAGCGGCUCGACCAUGCAACCGCCACCGAGGAAAGGCAAUUAUGCGAAAUUUUUGAAAAAUGUGCACUCUGAACAAGCUGCUAAACUUGCGGCCAAAAAUCAACAUGAGUGUGAUCUUUUGGAAGAUAUAAGAAAUUUCACAUUGAAAAAGUCGGCUAUUGAAAAAUCUUAUUCUGAAGCAUUACUUAAAAUAUCAUCGGCUUACUUAAACAAGAAAAUACCAAAUAUACCAGAUUUAAAAAUAGAUAACGCGGAUGAAAAAUGGAAUAUGUGGAAUGUUUGGCGAACUGUAUUAGAAGAAAAUGAGAAAUUAGCACGUGCGCGAUUGGCUGCAGUCGAAGUAUUUCAACAACAAAUAGCCGAUGACGCAAAAGUUUUGCGUAUGCAUAAAAUGCAGAUAUCCAAAAAGGCAAUAGACCAACUACUGAUAGUACAAAAAGAACUUCAGAUAUGUGUGCAGGAUGUCGAUAAAAAUAAAAAGUUUUAUCACGAUGAAGAACACAGCGCUCAUGAUGUUCGUGAUAAAGCCAAAGAUAUCGAGGAGAAAUUGAAGAAAAAAAAAGGAUCGUUUUUCCAGUCAAUAACUUCAUUGCAAAAAAAUAGCGCCAAGGUAACAUCAAAACGCGAUGCUCUGGAAGAAAAAUCAACGGGUGCACGUAACGAUUACUUGUUGAGUCUGGCUGCUGCCAACGCCCAUCAGAAUCGCUACUUUGCUGUCGAUUUACAAAAUACAAUGCAGUAUCUCGAACAAAAUGUUUAUGAUAAAGUACAAGAGUAUUUAACGCUGAUGGGACGCACUGAGUUGUUAACUUGUAUGGCCACGCAAAACAGCUUUGGAAAAAUUCGCGAUCAAGCACAACAGCUUACAAGGGAGUACAAUAUCCAAUGCUGCAAUUUAUAUUACCCAGUAUUAAAGCAACAUAUACAGUACGAAUUUGAGCCUUGUGACAGUGAUCCAAUUGAUAGGGUAACCGCUGAUCACUCAGCUGCAACGACGUUGGGCAAAGAAGCCAAACGAUGGUCAUCAAAAAUAGCCCGGGAAAUAAGUAAUAUACGUGAAAACACAAGAAAAUUACAAGCGAUGCUUCAGCUCAAGGAGUCCGGACAAAAGAGUGACCCAAAUGAUCCAACUGGUCCAGAUUUAGACACUAAAAUUGAUGAAUUGAAACACAAUAUACGGCGCGCUGAGACUGCUAAAAUGAAAGCUGAAGCUCGGAUUGAAUGUCUACGUGCUGGUGGAGUUAAUGUCGAUGAAUUUAUGCAAGAAGCCGAAACACUGAGUGUACAGGACAUGCCUCGUUCAGCAAGCUCUUUGUCAGUACGCACUGACGCAUCAGGAGUUGCGGAACACCCGUCCUCAGAUUCAUUUUACGACAGCGACAAUGACGCUGGUAGCGAUUUGACGACCGUCGAAAGGCCUGGCAGCGCACGUCAUUCAAGUCAACAUGAGGACGAAUCUUACAGUGAACGAGAGAGGCACGAUAGUGCUGAAGUUGAUGCUCUACUGGAAGAAGAAAAGCAACGGAUGGAAGAUACAGUGGCUGGUUGGGACGAUCCAACAUCUAUUGAUUGGGGAACUACUGACGAAAAAGGCGAAGUAGUAACUACUGAUGCUGGUGGUGAAGCAACAGAUCCAAAUGCCGGUCUACAAAUAUUUAAAUGCACCGCUCUUUAUUCUUACACUGCACAAAAUCCAGAUGAAUUGUCAAUUGUAGAGAGUGAACAAUUGGAAGUAGUGGGUGAGGGCGACGGUGAUGGAUGGCUCAGAGCCAGAAAUUAUCGUGGAGAAGAAGGAUAUGUACCGCAGAAUUACUUGGACGUCGAAAGAGAAAUAACUUCUACGGUUGGACUGACAUCCCAGCCGGGAUUAGUUACACAGAUAUCAUUUUCAUCGGUAGAUUACACUAUUGACGAUCAUGACGCAGUUGAUCCUGACGCUCAUCUUUACUCGCAACAGGCUCAGGCUCAAGAUGAACAACCGCAAGAACCGGACACUCAGUAUCAAUAUCCACCAGCAGCUGCUGCUACAGUUGAUGAUCCUGCGGCGAGAUACUGCAUCGCUCUGUACGACUACGACGCGACUUGUGACGAAGAACUAACGUUCUUGGAAGGCGAUGUGCUGAAAAUAAUAAAAACUGAACCGCAUGACGUCGACGAUGGCUGGUGGGAAGGAGAACUACAAGGACGCAGGGGACUGUUUCCGUCAUUGGUCGUUGAGCCUUGUGCUCCUGAUGGUUCACCGCUUACUCCUCAGGAAAGCAUGACACCACCAAGUUCAGCUCCACCGGUUUUCACCCCUCCUGAGGUCCCAGAGUAUGCGCUCACUGAAGAACUUGCUUUGGCUUUCGAAGAAAAAUCAGUAAUAAUUAAUGGUGAGCCUGAAAACUUUUCGAUGAUAAUGUCUAAGGAUCAAAAGAGUCAUUACGGAAGUCAGUUUGACGAAAAUGAGAGCAAAGCACCGGGAAUAAUAGUCGUUCAAGUAUCGGAUGAGGGGGACAAGGGAGAGUCAGAGCAGGAUGACAAGCCAGGAAAAGUUUGCGCAGACCGGCCUAAAACAAAAGUGAACAGGAAAGCUGAGCAGGAUGACGCGGGUUUAGGAGUUGCGCAGAUCGUCAUCACAGCCGCGACUCCGAUGGAAGAAGUCGACCGACCGUUCCCCGGUGAAGAAGACGAAGAUCCAGUCAAUGAAGUGAAUACUGAGACUCAGGAGGACAACGUCCAGCCAAAAGCUGAUGUCCAGGAACCGGAAGUUACUAAAGAAGAUAUUAAAAGUGAUAUAGAACACCAAGAAACGCCGCCUAAUGAAGAGGUUGAAGAAAAAUCAACCGUCGAUGAUUUGCCAGCAGACUCAGCACCUUUUCCGGUGAGCAGCAGCUCCGGAAGUGAAGCUGACUCGACAUCUGGGCCUAGCACUGCUGAUAAUUCAGCGUCACUGCCUUCUCGUGGUACUGUUAUCGAAAUGCAAGUCGAAAAUAACGAAACAAGCGAUGAACAACCCGAUAUUAUUCCCGAGAAAAUGUUGGUCGGCGGACGGGCCAGCAUACCUGAUGAAUUGCAGCCAGAUCAACUCGAAAAACUGCAGAAUCUAAAGGAAUCCAACGCCUAGGAUUGACUUAACCUCGGGUAUGAGGAUAAUGAUGCCUUAAUUGACAAACUGGCUCUUCCGCAUAAUCAUCAAAGUAAAUUUAAUCGUUUGAUGAAAUUUUGGAAUAAUAAUUAUCCGGUGGGUUACGGGAAUAAAGACUCGAAUGAAUUUUAUUUCAGUUGUAACAGUACCGAUAACAUUAAUAAUAAUAAUAAUAAUGAUGCUAAUGCUGAUGCUGAUGAUGAUGAUGGUGUUUAAGUAAAAGAUAAAGAUAUGACUAAAGAAAAUAUAAAUAAUAAACGCUAUGUCCCGUGUGUGUUUCUUAAUGAAAAUUCCCCGACAAGAAAAUGUUCAUUAAUUAUUAUUAUCAAUUAUAAUAAAAUAUUUUUAUGUUGAUAUUAUGUACACAAAUUUUUUCUAGGCAAUACUCUAGGUAACUAUCGUAAUACGUUGUGAUUUUUGCAACGUUAUCGCUAUAUAUAUAAAUAAAUAAAUAAAUAAAUAUUAUUAUUAAUAAAUUAUAAAGAAACAAAGAACAAUAAUGUGAAAAAAUAAGUAAAAGAAAUG